AUGGCGUCGGAUGAAGGCAAGCUUUUCGUGGGAGGCCUGAGCUUCGACACGAACGAGCAGUCGCUGGAGCAGGUGUUCUCCAAGUACGGACAGAUCUCGGAAGUGGUCGUGGUGAAAGAUCGGGAAACGCAGCGGUCACGAGGCUUUGGGUUUGUGACCUUCGAGAACAUCGACGACGCCAAGGACGCCAUGAUGGCCAUGAACGGGAAGUCUGUAGACGGCCGGCAGAUUCGAGUGGACCAGGCCGGCAAGUCUUCCGACAACCGCUCCCGGGGCUACCGCGGCGGGUCAGCUGGCGGCCGGGGCUUCUUCCGCGGGGGCCGGGGCCGGGGCCGCGGGUUCUCCAGAGGAGGCGGGGAUCGCGGCUACGGGGGCAGCCGGUUCGACUCCCGGAGCGGAGGUUACGGCGGGUCCAGAGACUAUUACAGCAGGUGA